UGAACGGAAAAUAUUACCGGAACGACGCAUCCCAUCUGAAAUUAUCAAAAAUGACCACAAACGUAAACAAGUACAUGAUCCAGACGUCAUCUUAACUAUUCCAUUGAUCCUUAUGACUCAUCAUCAGCCUAGGAAGCUAGUAAGGUUUUAUAAAUACAACACAUCGCCUCAACGCCAUUCAAUUGGAUACCGCUGAACGAAACGCGCGCGUGGUUGUAAAAUUGAUUGUAACCUUCAAACAAUUCAAAAUGUCGUCACUCAGUGUUUCCAAAGCUGUUCUCUACGUAUUGAACACAGUUUUCUUGAUACUCGGACUUGCCAUUGCUUCGGCGUCCAUCUGGUUCUUCUGUGAAGUUCACGACUUCACUAAAUUAAGGAAUAGCAACCAUUACUUGCUGGAUUACACCGUGUAUUGGCCUCAAGCGAUACCAUGGGUCUUCUUCAUAGUGGCACUUCUCAUCAUUGGAGUGUCUGUAUGCGGAUUUACCAGUGCAAGAAAGAAGAGCAAAGGAUUACUGACCAUGUAUGUAACAGCGAUGUCUAUAGUAAUUGUUUUACUUAUCGCCGCUGCAGUGAUUGCUUUGGUAUUCGCCGACAACAAGUCCACGGAUGACUUCGUUAAAGACACAGUUUGGGAUGUUUACUUCCAAGCGAAGAAUGAUAAUGAAGUCGCGACCGCUUUUGGAGUUAUUGAGAGGAAACUACAUUGCUGUGGAGCUGACAGUCCUAGGGACUACAAAAAUUGGAAAGCUGAAUUCCCAAUGUCGUGCUGUGAUGUUUUUUACCGUGGCUGGUUGGACCCGUAUGCCAUUGAUUGCGCGUUCACAAAUAAAUUGGCGAAUGAAAGACAUGGAUGUUCAACAGUAGCAGCUCAAUACGCGAGAAUUGCCAUCAAGGUCUUGUCUGGGGCCGCCAUUUUUACAGCUAUGAUUGGUAUAAUAGCUGUUGUGUUCGCCGUAGCUAUGUAUAAAAGUCUGAAGAUCAGGAAUCGACCACCGCCCACGCACGAAUCGGAAAGCAAAAAAGUUCUGUUGUAAAUUUUGAGGACAUUUUUUCUCUGUAAGUGAUUUUUUUAACUUUGUGGUCGUAGAACAAGAUUGAUUUGAGGUGAGAUUGCAUUUUGUUUCGAAUUUGCUUUAUAUUUCGAAAUUCAUUUCGAAUUUGAAUUAAAUAAUAAUUUCAUUCAUAUAUUCAUUGAAAUAAUAAAGAAAUUAAAUUUUUAAAUUAAAUUUAAAAAUUGAUAAUUUCAAUUCAGUUUUUUGUAUUUCGAAAUGUAAUUUCAAUUUCAAUAAUAAAAUCAUUUAUUAUGAUUGAAAAUGCACUCACUUAUGAUAUCUUUUGUCAUAUUAGCUACCCGAGGGGAAGCUAUUAAUUUAUGUAGAGGAAAAGAGACAGAGCAAUAGCGUACAUAGCUCUGUCCUGUUCUGACGACUGAGACGGAAUAUAGUUAAUUUGCUACGUGAUUCGUCAUGCAGGUAUAUACCUAGUUAUUACGUCAUAGUUUUCUUUAGGUUCAGUUCUUAGCAUCAAUCCAUAUUUAGAGAUUAGCUGUUGAUUUUUGACUCGACUUCAAUUAAAGAGGUUAUCCUUAUCACCUAUUUCAAAAUACAAGCUAACGCAUUAUUUUAAUCCAACAGUAAACAUUUAACAUUUUUCUAAUAUUGCUUAAUUCAAUUAUUUGAUUAAUAUCAGUAUUUAGCUAUUUUACUUUUUGACACAAUGCUAAGAAUUAACCUUAUCAAUUAGGUUAACAAGAAAAUUGUAAGGAAAACUUCGUACUCGCUAAAUACUAGUAUUCCUUUGUGCUACUUAUUUAUUAAUAGCUUAGCUUGAGUUGAGUAACGCACUCGUAUGUGUUGAAACUUUUGUGAUUAUAUAAGUUAAGGCUAUGGCUGUCACGGCCUACUUAGAAAAGGUUAACAACUUUUAUGAGUACCAAAAAGUUUGACUAAACAUAACAAAUCUUUGAGUAAAACUUUGUUUUUACGUUAGUGUUUUAAGAUUAAUUUAUAAGUUGUAACUUUAAACGGUAUUAAGAUUAUUGAAAUAGAUAUAGAUCACAGAUCAUAUUAUUUUAUGAAUGAAAUUCAGUCAUUCGACAAUUCUACAUGUCAGAGUUUAUGAGUCUCAUUUGGAACAAGUUUGACUGGAAAUUAAACUUUGUUAAGUUCCCUAAUUUUCUUUUCGAUUUCGUGAAUGAUAAAUUGUCUUUGUUCUACAAUUGAAAUAGACAACAACUCAUCUGAAAUCUACACUAGAGGCAAGGUCAACUUUUGAGAUAUGAUAUGAACGCGCGAAGUUCUCUACCUUUCUUGUUCAAAGAAAACGAGUAACUGCGCAAUAUUUCAAAGCAAAUACGUCGAGAAAAUGCUUUUAGUAAACCUUACAUGUCGCUAACAUGACGCGAAAUGUUAAGUGUGGAUACACAUUAUUUUAUUGCCACGUUACAUAAAAAAAUACUUAUGUCAAAUUUUAUACUGAAGAUUAUUUGCUUUUUAUGGAGACCUAGGCACUAGUAUUCUUUUUGAUAAGUUGUAUUAUUUGCGAUGUAAUUCAGAAUCCGGUUGCAUAUAAGUUUUUGA